CACGAACGACGUGUUCGGCUCCCCUCUUACGGAGAUUCCCUACGAGUACUACAGUACGUAAACGAAUACUUUUUUCCUAAUCGCCAAGAUGAUGUCGUCUUGUCGAUUACUCAAAUCCUACCGUACGACCUGAUACGAAGAGGUGGUUUUCUGUUUUAUCUCCCAUCACCACGACCAAAACUACGUAAUCGUGUUGCCGCCGUUAGGUAUGUUCCUUGUUAACACAAGAAUGUCCUACAGGCAGCAUUKCUGUGUACUCGUACUCUAUCCGAUCCCCGACUUCCUCUCUAGCACGCUCCAAAGAAAACUAUUCUCCGUACUGCAACUGCGAUGGCCGAUGGAAUGGAUGCCCCGAACGAAAUAUCGUUCCAACGAAACGAGGACGACAGCGUCGUCGUCGAAACCGUGUCGGACGGAGGGGACGACCGCAACGACGACGGAGAGGGAUUCCAGGGCCGCGUGGCCCUCCACAGUGCUUCUUCCCCCCACCGCCUCCGCCGCCGCCCGUCUUCCGCCGGGUCGUCGUGGGCUUCCGGCGAGCAGCUGCGGAGGGACGCCCUCCGCCGGGGACGACCGGCCUCGGCCUCGCCGUACCGGGGGCGCGGRACCGCARGCGGAAGCCGGGCCGGGGAGUGGCCGGAGGACCACGGAAGCUCCCCGGUGCGGCCGGGGAUCCGCCGGACGAAACCCCCGGCGGCCAGCAACCUCGCCAGGGAUUUCGUUUCGGAACUCGACGACAGCUUCGAUCCGGGGGAGGAAGACCUKACGACGCUGCUCCCCCCCACCCUGGUGCUGGAGGGAGAACCUGGAACCCCCCGCUCGAACUACUACCGCAGGCAACAACAAAAACAACAGCAACGGAAAUCCGCGACGAAGCCCCCGCCCUCCUCCUUCCGCAGCUGGCUGGCCGAGGGCAUGCUGGACGCCCUCAACGUGGUGGCGGGCAUCACCCUGUCCACGACGGGGACGAUACUGAGCCCGCCGAUCGCCAUGACCCGGAACGUCAUACUCCCCGCGAUCCUGGCCAUGGUGGUGGACGGCCUCGACGCCGUCACGCCGCUGCGGGUCCAGGACUGGUUCCGGAUCCUCAGCUCGAGCGUCUACCACCUGUUCUGCGUGCUGGUCUCGGGGUCGACCCCCCGGGGGCUGGGCUUUCGGAACCAGGUCGGGGUGGUGGCCGGCUCCUUCGUGGAGGCCUGGAGCGCACCGGAGUCCCGGCAGGUGGUGGUCGACGGGAUGGCCACCGGGGUCAAGCUGGCCGAUGCCUUGCAGUAAGUGUGUUUAGGUUGCUUUGCACAAAAUCGCAUCGUGGCGGAGUCUUUUGUGCCAUCCUUGUCGCGGGAUUCCCGAUCCGUCGUAUAGUAUCAGAACGUUGCAGAAUGUGUGACCUSUUUAGGAAAGAGUCAUCUCACCAGAUCGUUUCAUACAUUGCUUUUGCUUCAGCACCCCCGAGAUGGAAGAGUUUCUGGACCAGCUCGGGGUCCUCGGAUGCCGCCUCGUCGAUGCCGUCGCCAGCGGAAAGAGCAAGGAGUUUCUCCAGAACCUAAAGGACCUGGUGUGGAAGAGCAUCGAGCUGGCCUCCGAUCCGUCGACGACGCUCGCCCUGGCGGAGGUGACGGCCCACCUGUGCCAUGCGCUGGAGGAGGCCGACGAUUCCUKCCGGGGGGCGAGCGCCACCCCCCGCAGGGUCCGGAACGCACAGAACGAGCGGGCCUACGGGGGGUCCGCGCUCAUCGCUGGAGGCGACCACAGCACGGAGCAAAUCAUCCUCACGAGCCUGGGAAUGGCGGACAACCACCACACCGGCAACGGCGGUGGCUAUGGCGGCUUGCCCCCCGUCGACGACGCCGACGGCGGAAUCACCCCCGACGACGAGACGACGGGGCAGAGCAUCCCCUCCAACGUGGCCUUUCGGGUGGACGGGGUCGCCACCCCCAACCUCGAUCCCCAUUCUUCCGCUGAGCGCAGGGGCAGCACCCACCUCGAAACCUGCCGGAACCGGGUCGACCUCGGGUUGCUGCAGGAAAGGAUCCUGUACGGGGAACGCCCGCGAGCCCAGCGCUCGGAAUCGGCAAACAGGGACGGGCCCGUCCUGCCCUCGGCGAAUGCCUCGAUUUCCAGCAACCUCGGAAACGACCAGCCACGGCCGGGUCCUACUUUGGAGGGCGAGAACGAAACAUUCGAAGCGAUGGUCGAAGAAGACAUGGAGGACUUGCCCUUUGGUUCGAAGCUGCGCAGCGGAGGAGGAGGAGGAGCAAAUAUGGAACGACGACCCGUUCCGAAUCUCAGAGACUUGUACCACAAAUUCGAAGCCAUGGAAACGAAGGAAUCGGAACAGCCGUCGUACGUUCAGUUCUACAACGCCAUCGACGACUUGCUGAAAGAAAAACGAGCCCRCAGGGCACACCCCCGAAACGAAUCCACCCGGGCAGACGGCGGUGCUCCCCCAAAGGAAGGGAAGAAAACCGGAAGGGUCCGGAGGUUUCGAGRUGGAAGCGUCGAAACCGAGCGGGCGACCUCGAAAGCGAUCCAGGAGCGACACGAAAACCUGCGGCGGCUCUGGAAGUACCCGCCCUCGCUGUUGCGAAUGGGUGCUUUGGUUGCCCUCUUGGUGUGCUCGUUUUGGGUCGGCUUUGGAGUGUACGGAGUAUAUACCUUUGUGCACAAGGUGGUGUACGUCGACCGGGAUCCUGUGUCGAUUCCUAGCUUUCCCGUUGUGGUGGAUCCCAUACAUGAGCUUGGGGUUGAGCCGGAAUGGAAGCAGCAUCAGCACASCCACGUUAUGGGAGAUCCCCUACAACAGCAUGAGGUUGAGUCGGAUCAGCAGCAGCUGAAUCAACAAGAACAGCAGCAGCAGCAGAAGCAACAUCAUCAACCCCAGAGACAACAAACAGCAGAGCAACAACAGCAACAAGAGAGCUAUGGGUUCGAUCAUGCGACAAAUGUGGCACAGGGAAACGCAAAUCRUGGCAGUUGCGGAUGCGAGGAAGGAUCUCAGAAAACAACAUCUCCAAACGAGUUGGUGAUUCGCAUUGUCAAAGAGGUGGUYCAUGUUCGCGAAGAUGGUAGCAGAAUCGAAGACUACCAGAUUAGAAAGCCUUUGCAUCGUACUUCUAAAGAUUUACUUCAUCCACAAGAAGACUCUAAAAAAUACGGCAGGGAGAUCAAAGACCAUGAGGUCGACGAGACGAUGGAUCUAAAUUUUGUGGGCGAGAUCGAUGACAGCAAGAUCGAAGACUGCAUGGUCGACGAGACUGCAGAUGCAUYGGAUUACUUUGCGAACGAUUUCACACUAGAGGAAAUAGAAAAGGUCACCAAAUGCGUGACAGAGAAUAUAUAGUUAACAGAAUCUCAUCUAAUUUAUAGAAA